AUGUCCUCAUUACCGCCGCCGCCGCCGCAAUGGGUCCUCGACCUCAACAGCACGCCCGCGAAGCCCAAGUCGAGCUCCGCGCCUGACCCGCCCGGCUUCACCUCCGCGCUGAGCAAGCAACGUUCCCAGUCGAAGAAUGCACCCACUGCUCGGAAGCCACCGACCACCGAAGAGACGGACACGCUGAAGGUCAAGAAGGCCUGGGAGAUUGCCAUAGCGCCGGCGAAGCAGCUGCCCAUGAACGCCAUCGGCAUGUACAUGACCGGCAACACCCUCCAGAUCUUCUCCAUCUUCAUGGUCUUCACGCUAUUCAAGACGCCCAUCAUGGCCAUCAUCGGCCUGCCCCGCACAUUCGCCCCGUUCACUACACCCGGCACCGCCGGUCGUCUCCUUCCCGUACAAGCUACAUAUGUUGUCAUGAAUUUGUUGAUGCUGGGCCUCGGACUGUGGAAAGUGAAUCAGAUGGGAUUGCUGCCCACCACCAGAAGCGAUUGGUUGGCGUGGGAGAGUGAGAGGACGUGGAGCGAGAGGGCAGUGCCCAGGGCGUGGUUAUGA